UUCCACCUUCCCCUAGCCCCUAUAAAUACUCCCAUUUCCCCUUCUUCCCUCACCCUCUAAACCAAAACCCUCGGACGAGAGAGAGGCGGCGGGCCGUUUCCUCGCCGCUGCGAAGCGAGAGAAAGAGAGGAAAAGAGAAAAAAACCCUUCUUUCUUUCCCUUCGCAGCGUGAGCUUGGAGAUCUCAGCUCUCCAAUCGAGAUCAAAUGGCUCGUGCUCUCAUCGUGGCUCUCUCCGACGGCAUCGCCCUCCUCGCUAGCAGGAGGGGCUAUUCUAGUGCUUCGGCGGCGGCGGUAGCUGGGCGGGGGAGCAGAACCGUAGUGGAGGAGAAGGUGGCGGCGGCGAUGAAGAGAGAUGGAGGGCUGGAGUCGGCGGCGUCGUCAUCUUGGGUGCCGGAUCCGGUCACCGGCUUCUACCGGCCGGCGAACCGUGCGGCGGAAAUGGACCCGGCGGAGCUGCGGGCGAUGCUGCUGAAGCCAAAGUCUCAGCACUGAAUCGAAGAAAAUUUCCGGCACCGAGGCGUUAUACUAAAGAGUUUUCUUUUCUUCCCUCGAUGUUUAGGAUAGAAUUUUGGUCCUUUUCUUUAAUAAUUAUAUGAGCCGCCGACUAUGAACGAUUAUAGUAUGAUGCUGUUUCGUGGUUUAAUAAAUGAUUAUUAAUCAGGAGCGAAGCACAAUUUUGUCCUCUA